GUCAGUUGCGCUACUAAUGGUCCCUUGCUGAUCCAGUGAACAAAAAAUAAAUUAAUUUAAAAAAAAAAAAAGGAGUUUUAGGGGUUUACAUUAUGGAUAAGACUGCUACGCGAUACAAUGUACAAUUGUAUAUUUAUGAUUUAUCGAGAGGAAUGGCUCGCAGCCUCAGUCCAAUCAUGCUAGGUAAACAACUGGACGGUAUAUGGCACACAGCUAUAGUGGCAUACGGUGAUGAGUUCUUCUUCGGAGGGGAGGGGAUCUCCAGCUGUUCACCGGGUGGGACAAUGCUGGGACCUCCAGACACAAUAGUGGAGCUGGGUGAGACCGAAGUGUCUGAAGAGAUCUUCAUGGACUACCUCUCUUCCCUGGGAGAAAGCACAUACAGAGGUGACAGGUAUCGUCUGUUUGAGCACAACUGCAACACCUUCACCAACGAGGUGGCUCAGUUUCUGACAGGCAGGCCCAUCCCCUCCUACAUCACUGACCUUCCAUCCGAAGUCCUCUCCACACCGUUCGGCCAGAUUCUGCGGCCCAUUCUGGACUCUAUCCACAUCGCCCCUCCAGGAGGUAACGUCAUCAACGGGGGAAGAAACAUCUAACCAGAGAGAGAAGCAGAGUCACAGAGUGUUCUCGAGGUCACUUCCAUUGUAGUCAGUCACUAAGACGUCAAACUUACUUUCUUUCUUUCUUUCUUAAAAGAAAUAGAGAAACAAUAAACUAGUAAUAAAUCAACUAGAAAUGAAGGUAAUUGCAAUUUUGAAAGUGAUGAUCAAUUAUUCCUCAAAAUUCCUUAUUUAAAUAUUAUUUCCUCCUUAAAAUUUAAUCACUUGGUGAAAACAACUUAGUGGCAACUCACUGCCCACUUCAUGAAGUUGCUUUGGUCAGUAGACAUCAGAUGCAAAGCAGUUGGACAGUAACAAAAAACAGAUGGAAUUUAGCAUUAUAGCCUGACCAGCAUAGUCUGAUAUCAUUUAUUCUCCUACACUAAAAGUUGAGUUUGAUGAAUGUUGCCUCCUCACAAAUAUUUUUGUGGAGAGUUGUCAUUAGAAGUGAAUGGUAAAAAAGUAUAUUUCAAGAAGUAUUUUAUUGAGCAGAUUUAAGGCACUGCGACUUUAUUUAGUAUUUUACAUUUUCCAAUAUUAUGUAUGUCUGCUUCACAACAUGGAAAUAUUGCAGAUCUGAUAGCUGAAAUUAAACCAUAUAUAACAUUAAAAUACCUCUGAGCACGUAAGUACAUCAAGCUAGUUUAUUAUUUAAUCUUUCUUUUUUCUUUCUGUUUUUUUUCCCAUGAUGUUUUUGCCACGUUUUUUAAAUUGUAGUUCUUUAGUGUAGUUAUUCGACAUGGAUUUCAGUUCCAAGCAUAUCAGGUUCCACAUGUGGCUUCUGCAGUGAGAAUCAUCUGCUGCUGACUACAAUGGAAUUAAUCUGAGUGUACACUUUUUCAUAGAUAUGUUUAAUAUAUUCAGUUCAACGGAUGCAGGUUGAUGGAAAAUUAGAAAAGCAUGGUUGAACCUUUAAAUGUCAAUCAUAUUUUAAUUUUGCACUUUCAUGUUUAACUUUUUUUUGGUUAUUUGGUAGCCUGUGUUUAAUUUCCCUUUAGCAGUCUUUUUCUACCUAUAGUAUUUGUCUCAGUUUCUGUUGAAUUCAGCUCUUUGUGGCCGCCAACUCACUGUACCUUACAUUAUCAUUCCACUUGUCACAGAGUUUGUGAUAUGACAUACAGCAGGUGAUUGAUGCCUAACUAGAUCAGAGGUUAUACAGCUUGUAUAAGAGAUUACAUAAACUUUGUUGAGUGUGUAUCUUUAUAACAGGACUGGGAUCAGUUUGCUAUAAAUUCAGUUAUUUCUGUGUAUAUGAAAGUAAUCCCUGGAUGUCACUUGUUAAUGCCAGAAUUUAUUACAAAAGUAUAUGGCAAGCAGGGCAAGUAGAAAACACAGGAUAACGUUCAACAGUGCUGUAAAAUCAUUUUCCAGACAAUCGUGGUCUAUUUUUCUUUUAAGUUUUGAAAAAUCAAAACACUUUUCUUGGUCGGAAAUGACCACAAAUUUAGGGUUUUAUGGCUUAAUUCUACUCUCUGAUAUAAUUGAAAGUGAACUGCACCACAGCCCAGUUGUAUCAUGUAAGUUGUGCCUCUUGGCCUGUGUUACCAGCUCCAGAGGGAGAUACUGAUCACAGUUACACUUGUUCUAUAUAUUGUUUUUAAAAUGCAUUUGUUCCAGUUGCCAUGUGGGUAAUUCUAAACAACUUCACACCCACAGAUAUUUUUAAUGUAGAGAUGACCAUACGCAGGGCAAUGUCCUGCACUGUCGACUUAUUAACAACCUGCUUGAGUCCUUUAACAGCCACCAGAGUGUGUUUGAUAUACAAUACACCUCUGUGCCUUCAUUUCCCUCCACUCGGUUCUAGUCACACUGUUGGGGGUUAGCGUGGUUGUAGUAUAGCACAGAUGGGUUAUUCUUAUGAAGUCAGCAAUGCAAAUUAAAAAUCUUAAAAUUCACAAAUUAGGUGAAAGUCGAACCUAAACCUCACACAUAUUCACCAUGUGUUUCUCAUACUGAAUUAAAUUCUUAACCGUUUAAAACAAGCAGUUGAAGAUAUUUCAGACCUAACAACAUCUGGAUCCAGUGCUGUCACUCACAGCCUAUAAUCUCAGUGCAUUAUCCACCGCACUCUGCCAUCAGAAAGAACACACAGCUGUCUAAUAACAAGAUAAUACACACAGUAGAUCAAAUGCUUUAGAAUUUAUCUGAUUAAGAUGAUGUGACACACAUGAACCACACUGAACCUCAUGAGCCUUUCCCUGCUUUAAUAAACAGAGUAAAGGAUGAAAGAAGCACAGUUAAGCGAAGUCUCAAAGAGUGAUUAAACCAGCAUUAACCUUCUUCGUGUUCUCCUGCAAUAAACAAACCUGACACACACUUUACCUUCCAAGCAGUCACAGCUAAAAGCUCAACCUGAUAUUUGUAGGUAUUUGGCUACUUUUAGAGAUUAACAUAUUGAACUUAAUUCCCCUUUAAGAGGCUAGAAAGCUCAGGUGAAUCUGGGUUCUGUUAUUUUGCCUUCUGCUAACCAACUAACUGACAUGUUAACCAGACCACUGAAAUGUAUUACUGCACAAGUCACUCUUUGUUGCUGUAAUGUGUGUUGUUGCUGGCUGCUGCCUGUAAUGUGAAAUUGCAACAGGUAUAUUUAUGGAUAUUAUUCCUUAUUUGAGUAAUCUAACUAUGGUAGAUAUGCUUAUGCAUAUUGUUUGUAUUGUUUGUGUAAUUGUUUUUGUAAUUCGACCUAUACAUAAAGCCAUUG